AUGCAUCCUCUGUUGCACCCUCUGUCACAUUCUCUCGCACCCUCUCGCACCUCUGUUGCACCUCUGUUGCACCCUCCGUCGAACCCUCUUCUCACACCCUCUCGCACCUCUGUUGCACCCUCUCGCACCCUCUCGCACCCUCUCGCACCCUUGUUCCAUCCUCCUAAUUUGGCUAUCCAUAAUGCCUCUCUGAAAUCUCAGAAUUUAUUUUCGGAACUUCAACGCUACUCAUCAUCUCGCAGGAGGAGGCGCUACACAUCUUCGCCCAAAAAUGUUCCCCAAAUUCUCUCCCUUAAUCACACCCUUGUACAAAUGUAG